AGUAGGAAGCGCUACUUCGCGGAAACUUCCUUCCCUCUCUCUUACCACUUGCCGGCAACUUUACGCCUGCUCUCUCUCCUAUCCCUCUCUCUCAGCCAGACGGAAAAGCAAUUCUUGAAUCCGCUGCCUCCGUCAGCAUCAACAAGCUCUCUCUCUCUCUCUCUCUCUCUCUCUCUCUCUCUCUCAUAUAUAUGCAUUUGAAUACCUACUGGCUCUUUUGUAUGUAUAUGAAAUCCAACCGUACUGUAUUCAAUUAGGUAUACGGAAUACAGUCAUCUUGGACCAGUUUGAAAGUGGAACCUUUUCAGAUCGAACGAGUAAUUCCAGGGUUGCGAGUUAGCAUAGAUGGAAGCAGAGUCAUAAAUAGCUUGUGUGUUGAGCUUUCAUUGUUGUAUAUGAGUAAUUGCUUGGGUUGUGUAGUAAGAUUAUUAGUGUCCGGCAAUGGAUGCUCUAGAGGAGACAAUAGACCUCGAAUCUGAGGAGGAGAUCCCUUUGACGUCAUCUCGAGCUAAAGCGCACACUUUUGAUUUUGAGGCACCUCAUAUUGGGCCACAUGCGAAGCUUUCCAAUUCAUGGUUUUCUAAGCAGAUGCAGAUCAGACCUUUCAGGAGUAUAUACAUAGUCUUAGUUAAAGCAAAGAUAAAUGUUUUGCUUCCUUUUGGGCCCUUGGCGAUAUUGAUGCACUAUCUUACUGGAAAACAUGGAUGGGUCUUCUUCUUCAGCUUAUUGGGCAUUACACCUUUGGCGGAGCGUCUCGGCUAUGCAACUGAGCAGCUAGCAUUCUAUACAGGACCCACAGUUGGGGGUCUUCUAAAUGCUACAUUCGGCAAUGCCACUGAAAUGAUUAUUUCGAUAUAUGCAUUGAAGAAUGGGAUGAUUAGGGUAGUUCAGCAAUCAUUGCUUGGCUCCAUCUUGUCAAAUAUGCUUCUAGUGUUGGGAUGUGCCUUCUUCACUGGGGGUCUCAUUCAUCACCAGAGAGUACAGCAUUUCAAUAAGGCAGCUGCCGUGGUGAACUCAGGAUUGUUGUUGAUGGCUGUCAUGUGCAUAAUGUUUCCAGCAGUACUUCAUUUCACACAUACAGAGGUGCAUUUUGGGAAGUCAGAGUUAUCUCUUUCUAGAUUUAGCAGCUGUAUAAUGUUGGUGGCGUAUGGAAGCUACCUUUUCUUUCAGCUUAGGAGUCAACAAAACAUUUAUGCUUCAGUGGAUGACGGCCCUGUUGAUGAGGGAAGAAACAUUAAUGUAGACGAUUCUGUCGAAGAAGAGGCUCCUGAGAUUACUCAGUGGGAAGCAAUUGGGUGGCUUGCUAUUUUGACUUUGUGGGUGUCUUUGUUGUCUGGAUACCUUGUUGAUGCUAUUCAGGGGGCAUCUGACUCAUGGAACAUGCCUGUGGCUUUUAUUAGUGUCAUCCUGCUUCCAAUUGUAGGGAAUGCUGCAGAACAUGCUAGUGCUAUUAUGUUUGCCAUGAAGGACAAGCUUGAUAUCACACUGGGAGUUGCAAUCGGAUCGUCCACACAGAUAUCGAUGUUUGUUAUUCCCUUCUGUGUAGUUGUUGGAUGGUUAAUGGGAAAGCCGAUGGACUUGAAUUUUCAACUCUUUGAGACGGCUACGCUCUUUAUCACAGUUAUAGUAGUGGCCUUCAUGCUGCAGGAAGGGACAUCAAACUAUUUCAAAGGAUUGAUGCUUAUUCUAUCUUAUCUCAUUGUUGCCGCCAGCUUCUUUGUACAUGUUGACCCGUCAACUGGUGAUGACUAAAUUUUGAUGGAGAUUGGUACCCGUUAAGCGAAAAUACGUGGUUUCAGCAACGAAUAUGCAUCGAAGACAUGUAAAUCUGGAGCCCUUUUCAAACAAACAACUGGUGCUUUAUUGCGUAUCUUUGAUCAUGUGAUGAGCAAUUCCUGUAAUGUUGUUUUGUGGUCACUGGCUUGGAGGAAAGAAUAUUCUUUCAUUUGUAGCAAAGCAAGUGGAAUUGUGUCGAGUGUAAUUUAAUUUUGUAAUUCGUCGCUUUGCAAUAAUUCCCUAUCAAAUGAUCUCUCUAGCUUUGCCUUGUUUAUGUUAAGUCCUCUCUUUCGUCGCUAAAA